AUGAAUCCCUCCUACCCCCUCAACGGCAACCCCUACCCCUCCUCGCCCUCGCCUUUCCACCAGCCCCCUGCCGCCCCCUCCCCCGUCAGCGCACACAGCCCCCAGAUCCCCCAGGGCAUGUCUUCCCAUGCCACCCACUAUCCCUACACCGUCGCCCACACAUACCACGGCUAUCCCUCCUAUCCCCAGUACCCCUCCGCCGGCAUCGUCAUGUAUGGCGCCCCCCCAACCGGCCAUCCAGAUGCUGCCCGCGCCCCCGCCGCCUCUCCCACUCCCGUCGCUCCUUCCAUCGGUAAACGUAAAAGGAAGUCAACCGUUGAUGAUCCGUAUGGCAGGACAUCUAAUGAAGAGGAUGCAGAUUCUACCGGUGACCUCUCCCGCCCUCCCGCACAGAGCUCAACCUCGUCCGUCGUCGUCGACACCAAGAAGCGCACAAAGACACAGCGUGCUUGCGACAGCUGUCGCAGUCGGAAGAUCAGAUGCGACGUUCUCGCGGAUGCUGAUCCACCGAUAUGCCAGCACUGUAAGCAGUAUGGCUUUGAGUGUACUUUUUUCCUUCCCAUCACAGAGACGCGCUUUAAGAAGAAGAAACUGGAGGAGGAGGCUGCCGCUGCUGCUGCGGAGAAGGAUAAGGAAGGUGAACGGAGUACGUCCUCGCCCCAGACAGACAACAAGGGUGCAGAGGUCGUCAAAGUGUACGGACCGACGUCGGCGGCGCAUCUACUCCAUUCACAAGCUAUGAUUCCGUCGCGCGCGUAUGAGUCGUACGACAUGCGCUACCACCACUCGUGGGACGUGAGUUCGGGCGGAAACGGUGUUAUCCGCAUUCACGAGCCUCAGCAAGGAGAAUUACAGCUGGCGCUCCCCAAGCCGAUCGAUAUGAGGAUAGAACGCGACGUUGUCGAACGACUUGUGAACGCGUACUUUGCUGACGUAGCUCCUCUCUUACCGGUGGUGACGCGCGAGGAAUUCGUUGAGAGCAGUCCACCGCCGCCGUUGCUUCUCUAUUCAAUAUGUCUCGUUGCUGCCGCCAGUCGAGACGUCCCUCAGGCCGUGUACGACUCGUUGCGCUAUGCAGUCAACAGCCUGAUAAAAGCAGAGGACGUAUUAUCCACGGCGUCAAUCAUCAACGUACAGGCGUUGUUGAUUCUGGCAAUGUGUGGGGACUGUCAUUCGCAGUUUGUUCCUAAUGCAUUAUCUGCAUUAUGGCUCCGACUGGGGUGCGCAAUUCGCAUGGCGCAAGAUCUGGGUCUACAUCGUGCAGAAUCGGUGAAACAAAACAUCGAGCUUCGGCGAAGGUUGUGGGGUAUAUGUGUGAUCAGCGACCGAUGGAUCAGUCUUACCUACGGCCAUCCAUUCAUGAUCGAUGUACAAGAUUGUGACGCACGGCUUCCGUCGUCGGGCGAUCCUCACGACCGGUAUUUGGAUGAGCUUGUUCGGCUUAGUGUGAUCGUAGGACGUGUGCUCAAAACAAUAUAUACGCCUGCUGGUCUUCAUGCUGCUACCGAUGAGCAACUCUAUACACUGUUGCGGGACAUUGAAGCCUGGAAGAAUAAUCUCCCAGAAGACUUGCAAUUUCAAGGUCCCGAAACGCCUCGAACACCGGGCCUGCUUUUUAUGCUAUAUGCCUGCGUCAACAUGUUGUUCUGGCGCGUCUUCAUGCGUAUAUCGUACGCGUGCCCUCAACAUUUAAAAUUCGCGUUGACGGUUGAGAAGUGGACUGAGCUUGUGCAACUCACUGGGCAAGCGAUAGAUUGGCUGGAUGCAAACGAGCGUUUGUACGAUGUAUGGUUGCUGGUAGCAUAUUGUGCCACGUCAUGUGCACUUGUGCAGUACCAUACAUGGGCAAGGCGUAAAGAUCCUGAAGCCCAGUUAAAACUCAAGAAAUUGCGCGAUUGUAUCCGGAAGUGGGAAGCAUCUCUUUCACCCGACCAUAUGUCGGCACGACGAAAGGCCCAGAUUAUUGCACUCUUAUACGAAGCAACUCUCGGGCCCCAACACUCUGCAGAGCCACCAGUUCUGAAUCCCACUGGUGGUGUGAAAGGCAAGCCUUCACUCAAUGGCCUUUCUUUCCGGAAGGAUCCUACACGUCCUGGCGGUGGUGUCUUCGUUGCAGAAACGAAACCACAGGACGAUCAGGUGGCAGGUGUCCCUCCUGGUACGAUCAUCGGUAGAGACGAUGAAGGAAGGCAAGGUGAGGGAAUUGCGAUUGCAGUGUCCGACGUUCGAGCACGCAAUGACCGAGGCCCGUCAUCUGUUCCCUCUGCAUCAUCACCAUAUCAUGCAUGGUCCUCAUCCGCAGUUGGACCACGUCAAGAGCCGCCUUCAAUGCACCGUCAACAGCAGAGCGCUUCUAUGAUGGAUCCCAUGUCGCUAGGCGUCGGCUUCCCGUCGAACGCGAACAUGAACCCGAUGUUAAAUCACACGCCUCCGUCUGGGAACGUGCAGGUGCUCAACGCGCUCGAUGCUCAGCAGCCUAACGCGCUUGAGCAGCUUGCGUCGGCCGAAAACUUCUUGGAUCUUAUCCCAGAUGGUAUUGGAAUUUACGGCUAUCAAUGGGACGAAUUCGUGUCUCGAUUCGCGCCUCAAGUAUCACAAUUCCAGCAUAUACAGGGUGUUGAUAUGGGCAUGCAAUCGUCAACGUCACAGGCCUCGCCACAAUACCCAUACAACGCCUCUUCUAAUAGUGGCAUGUAA